AUGCAUGGGGGCCAGGGGCUGCUGCUCCUCCUGCCGCUGCUGGCUGUCUGCCUGGGGGUCCAGGGCCGGAACCAGGAGGAUCGCCUGCUCGCAGACCUGAUGCAAAACUACGACCCCAACCUGCGACCUGCGGAACGAGACUCGGAUGUGGUCAACGUCAGCCUGAAGCUAACCCUCACCAACCUCAUCUCCCUGAACGAGCGAGAGGAAGCCCUCACCACCAACGUCUGGAUAGAGAUGCAGUGGUGCGACUAUCGCCUGCGCUGGGAUCCGCGAGACUACGAAGGCCUGUGGGUGCUGAGGGUGCCAUCCACCAUGGUGUGGCGGCCGGAUAUCGUGCUGGAGAACAACGUGGACGGUGUCUUCGAGGUGGCCCUCUACUGCAAUGUGCUCGUGUCCCCUGACGGCUGUAUCUACUGGCUGCCGCCUGCCAUCUUCCGUUCCGCCUGCUCUAUCUCCGUCACCUACUUCCCCUUCGACUGGCAGAACUGCUCCCUUAUCUUCCAGUCCCAGACUUACAGCACCAAUGAGAUUGAUCUGCAGCUGAGUCAGGAAGAUGGCCAGACCAUCGAGUGGAUUUUCAUUGACCCUGAGGCCUUCACAGAGAAUGGGGAGUGGGCCAUCCAGCACCGACCAGCCAAGAUGCUCCUGGACCCAGCAGCACCAGCCCAGGAGGCAGGCCACCAGAAGGUGGUGUUCUACCUGCUCAUCCAGCGCAAGCCCCUCUUCUACGUCAUCAACAUCAUCGCCCCCUGCGUGCUCAUCUCCUCCGUUGCCAUCCUCAUCUACUUCCUUCCUGCCAAGGCUGGGGGCCAGAAGUGUACCGUCGCCAUCAACGUGCUCCUGGCCCAGACUGUCUUCCUUUUCCUUGUGGCCAAGAAGGUGCCUGAAACCUCCCAGGCGGUGCCACUCAUUAGCAAGUACCUGACCUUCCUCCUGGUGGUGACCAUCCUCAUUGUCGUGAAUGCUGUGGUCGUGCUCAACGUGUCCUUGCGGUCCCCACACACACACUCCAUGGCCCGAGGGGUCCGCAAGGUGUUCCUGAGGCUCUUGCCCCAGCUGCUGAGGAUGCACGUUCGCCCACUGGCCCCGGCAGCUGUGCAGGACACCCAGCCCCGGCUACAGAAUGGCUCCUCGGGAUGGUCGAUCACAACUGGGGAGGUGGCCCUCUGCCUGCCUCGCAGUGAACUCCUCUUCCAGCAGUGGCAGCAGCAAGGGCUGGUGGCAGCAGCGCUGGAGAAGCUAGAGAAAGGCCCGGAGUUAGAGCCGAGCCAGUUCUGUGGCAGCCUGAAGCAGGCUGCCCCAGCCAUCCAGGCCUGCGUGGAAGCCUGCAACCUCAUUGCCCGUGCCCGGCACCAGCAGAGUCACUUUGACAAUGGGAAUGAGGAGUGGUUCCUGGUGGGCCGAGUGCUGGACCGCGUCUGCUUCCUGGCCAUGCUCUCGCUCUUCGUCUGUGGCACGGCUGGCAUCUUCCUCAUGGCCCACUACAACCGGGUGCCAGCCCUGCCAUUCCCUGGAGAUCCACGCCCCUACCUGCCCUCACCAGACUGA